AUCUUAAUUUUAAAGGAAAGGAAUAACAUAAACACAUAUUUUUUUAAAUCUUUCAAUGUUAGGGAUAUUUUGGAGAGAUACUUCCAAAACGACUAACAUCCAUUUUCAAUGAACGAUUCCAAUCUCAAUCUUCAAACCGAUUCCGAGCAUAAAUCCCAAUCAAAAUAACUUAUUUGUAAACAUGUCAAUAAAAGCUUUGUUCUGAUUGGUCCAUUUUAAAGAUAGAUAAAAAGCGAUUGGGAUCGUUCAUUCAAAAUGGCUAUAAGUCGAGAAAUUUCUCCAGUUGAUGGUAGGUACCUAGUUGCACGUAUUUAGAUAAGGAAAAUGUGGUUUUUAUAAUAUGCGCGGCUAUUUACUAGUCAGUAACCGACUGAUAAACUAACCAGCUUUUACGCGCGGCUCCUCCUGUAUGAAAUAGUUUUUCUAGCAUAAAAGUCGUAACUUCUAGUAGUCCAGGAUCAAAAUUAGCCUAUUUUCGUCUCAGAGUCUCAAACUAUCUCUAUACCAUAUCUUUGAAAUCAGUUCAAUGGCAAUGAAAGCGUAACAGACAAAGAAUUACUUUCAUAUUUAUAAGUACUUAUACAAUUAUGGAAGAACUCUUAUCUUUCCAGAUUCGCUGGAUAAGUUAUUAGUUUUACACAAAAAUGUAUUAUGUCGAUCUGCAAAAAACUGUUACUCGUCGUGAGAGCUCGUUGAUUGCAUCGAAAAAGUAUCUCUCGACUGAAGAUCGAACUGAUUACGAUUUCAUGUCUACUGCACGAGGACAAUCUACUGCUCGACUAACCAGUGACUCUGCUAGUUCUGUAGUAGGAACUCGACCCAAAGGUUCAGUGGAAAAUGAAUUAGUCACUAUGCUUUUUGAAUCUAUGCUCGAUAGUAUUGUUGAAUCGUGGGAAGUAAUAGUACAACAAAAACCUGAGGGAAGUACACCAAAUAUGGAAUUUGGAAAAACUGUUAGCGAAUUAACAAUUAUGAGCAAAAAGAAAAAAUCGAUUGCCAAAUCUUCUAAAACAAAGAGAAGUCGGUCCAAAUUAGAUAUGAAUGAAACAGGACAGCCAGACUCAUUACACCAGGUGUGGUGGUCGUCACCUGAUGAACGAGCUAUAAUCAAGUUUCGUAACGGAAAUAUUUAUGAAGGAAACAUUUCGAUGAAGUGUAUGCAUGGCGAGGGUCGAUUUCAAUGGGCCGAUGGAACAAUAUAUUUGGGCCAGUUCAAAGAUAAUGAGAUGCAUGGAAAAGGCCUCAUACAAUGGAAGGAUGAUACGUGGUACGAAGGAGACUUUCUUGCUAAUCUUCGCCACGGUAGAGGGCUCUAUGUGGAUUCACGUAAUCAAAGGUCCUACGCCGGUGGGUGGCACUGCGGCACUAAACAUGGCGAGGGAGUCAUAUUUUACUCAGAAUCAUUUAAAAACUCAUAUGACGGGCAGUGGGUUAACUUUUACAGAGGCGAAUGGAAAAAUGGAGUAAUGUCUGGAUACGGAAUUUAUAUCUGGGAUGCAUACUAUAACAACACAAUGUCUUCGCCAUCCAUCAAUGCGUAUCGCGGCCUUUGGAGUAAAGGACAACGCAACGGAUAUGGAGUUUUAAAUUUGGGUUUAGGGUUGGGGUCACAUUACAAAGGAGAUUUUAGGAAUAAUAAAAAACAUGGAGCAGGGAAGUUUGUUACAAAUAACGGGUUAAUAUUGCAAGACAAGAAUUUAUUCCACGAUGAUAAUUUAGGUACGUUAUUAUCUGACGACAAUGAAAAUGGAUCUGGAAUGCAAGACGUUAAACGCUGUCACAUUCAGGAGCCAUUCACAUUUGACAUAUGCGAUGAUACGGUUGGUCUUCUUUAUCAUAUAGAAUAUGCUCUUAAAAACUUGGACAAAGAAGCCGAAGUAAGAGCAAAUAUUAUAAAUAAUUAUUUUGAAAAUAACAAAGCAUUUAGAACAACCGGCUUGACAAACAUGCGCAAGGAAGAGCACUUAGAAGAUACACCUUUACAUUUUGAAGACUUAAUAUUAUUCGAAGAAAGUUCUUUACGCAAAUCACUCAGAUGCUAUGAAAUCGAUUUAAAAAACAUUUAUUACAAAUAUGCUACAAUAUGCAAUAUUGAAGAAAUACAUUUCACGCCAGUGCUCAUACGCUUGCAUUUAUGGCAAUUAUAUUACGAUUGUAACAUUCAUGAAAAAGGUUUAACUCUGGUAGAGAUAGACAGAAUAUUCCAACAAAAUCCUGAAUGGCUUGCGCGGACACCACACAAUCCUUUUGAAACUAUAUACUUUUGGCAAUUUUUACAUAGUCUCAUUUCUGUUGCUAGUAGAUUGUAUGCUAAGAAACAUUUGCCAAAGAAGAGACCUGACACUAUUUUAGCCAGUGCCUUCCGUUAUUUUAUGGAACAUGAUGUUUUGCCAUGUGUUGGACGACGAAAGGGUAGAUUAGUUAAUGGCUACGGAUCUUUUGUGCCUUUGAAAGGGUGUUAUGAACUCUAUCGAAGCUUGGGAGAACCACACACAAUCCGCAUUUUCUUGUGCGCAGUUCGACAACCACCACACAAUAUUGAACAACCCCAAGGACAACUCGUUGAAGCAUCUGAUGAUAAUUUACCACUUGGGAAAAAUGUAUAUAUAUUCGGCAAUGAAAUCACAUUUGUGACAGAUGAAAACACAAGUAAAGUAUCAGAAGACGACUAUGGUGACCGCAAUAUUCGUUUAAAAUUAUUCAAUUUGGGCAAUUUAUCCAGCAAAACCAUUAUAAAUAUAUUCAAAAAAAUAUUUCCACAGUUAUGUAAUGAUGAUAAAAUUAUGAAUCUUAAGAUUGAAAUUUCAUUUUUUGAAUUCUUUGAGGCGUUUGUUGCAUGUGUCGAAGAAAGUAUUCAAGUGAAAGACGAAGAAUUACGAUGGCGAGAAAAGUUUACGGCCGAUGAGAUCGCUUCUUCUUUUGGUACGAAAAUAAAAUAAGUAGGUACCACUGUCGCACGACGCAAUACUGUUAUUUUUAAUUAUCUACUUACAUGCCUACAUUUUGGUUUUUAUGAAUAUAACAUUCAUAAUAGACUCGUAUUUUACUGUUUUCGGAACCCCAUGUAACCAAUCCUUGAUAUUAAAAUCUAGGUAGUAGGCUA